AUGGUAAGGCAUAGCUACUUGCACACGGGGGCUAAACCAUAUUCCUGUGAGUUUUGCCAGUCAGCAUUCACAAGCGCCACAGAGUUAGAGAGACAUAGAAGAUUACAUGCAGACGAAGAAACAUGCCAAGGGCAGCAGCUCGAGUUUGUAACUGAAAGAAAGAAAGCUCAGAGACCUUCAAAGAAUUAUACAUGUGAUGAGUGUAACAUAGUGUUUUACACUAGAGCACAUCUCAGCUUUCAUAAGAAAUUUCAUGAACAGUUUAAGGCUACUGCUAAUGGUUAUACGGGUCAAAGCAAUGAAUAUCAUAAAAGCAAAAUGUGCGAAGUUGACAGUGAUUCCCAGGACCAUGUUUCUCUGUCUUUUUCAGGUAAAGAAAAUGAUUGUCUCGGUGAGGGAAUGCUGGCUUCAGAAGUAGACUUUGAGCGGGCAGGGGAUGUGCGGGACAAUGAGAAAAUGUGCUCUGGAAAGAAAUCCCCUGAAAACAGCCAUGGAAGCAACAGCUUAUCUGUUACUGGGAACAGAUUGCAAGUUUUUCUGAAUUCAUGCAACACGGACACUGUCGUUUGCAAAGAGGAACCUCUCUUCAAUUCCAAGGCCUCUUGUUCACAAGCGCAAGAUGAUGACGCAUAUCAUAAAUUUGUGGAAAACUUGAAGGACACGUGGCCUUCCACUUUGUCUACAUACAAAACAUACAGGUGCCAACACUGCAAUUAUGCUACUGCUUUUCAUAGUGACUUUGAGCUGCACCUGAAAAUACAUACAGAUGAAAGCCCGUUUGUGUGUGAAGAAUGCAAUAAGACAUUUAAAACGUCAAACCAUUUGCAGAAGCACAGGCUUAUUCACGUAAAGAAUGGAUACGAGUUUGACCAUUGCCUCUGUGGAGAUAGCGCUGUAGAGAAUCUUGAGUUGCAUCGUGAAAUGCAUGUAGGCAAGUGUCCAGAAAGAGAUUUUGCUUCCUUGGAAGGUUCAAACAGCUUCCAUUCCUUGCUUGGUUCGGAAGUCUGUGGAGUACAGCCAGAUGUCCAGAGGGGCAAAACAAAUGGUUUGCUAGUACAAAGUCCGCCACGAUUCUAUCAGUGUGCAGAGUGUGAGUAUGCUACUUCCAUUUUGAGCAACCUUGAACUACACAUAAGAACUCACACAGGUGAGAAACCUUACAGCUGCAGUGUUUGUCAGAAGAAGUUUCGUACUUCCAGUCACCUGAAAAGACACAGAGUCACGCAUUUUAAUAUGGAGCAUCUCAAGUGCAGGAACUGUGACUAUUCAACAAACAAAUGGCUGUCCUUGAAACAGCAUCUGGCUUCACACUCUUGUGAGGAAGGCUCAUCUACUGGCCGUCUCUGUGAGCAACAGCAGGUAGCUGUCAAAACAUACUCGUGUGAAGAGUGUGGCUAUUGCACAACCCACAGUGGAAACCUGAAGCUGCACAUGAGAAUUCAUACGGGGGAGAAGCCGUUCCAGUGCGGUCAGUGUGCUGUUGCUUUCCGCUCAUCCAGCCACCUCAAGCGCCACUUGCUGACUCAUGUAAAGUUGCACUGCAGAAAGUGUAAGUUUUCCACGAUGGAUAAACGUGCUUUGCAAAGGCAUGUAAAAUCACACACAAAAAAGAACAAGUGUGGAAAGUGUAAUGCGGUGCUGCCUACCAGAAAACUUCUGGAAAAGCAUAAGCGGCAGCAUAAGCUUGGAAUAUAA